AUGAGAAGCCCGCUCCCCUUGCUCCUUUUCUCCCUGGUUGCCCUUUGCGGGCGAGGGGACUGCCGCGUGGCCAACGCGGAGGAGAAGCUCAUGGAUGACCUCCUGAACAAAACCCGCUACAACAACCUGAUCCGCCCAGCCACCAGCUCCUCAGAGCUCAUCUCCAUUCAGCUGCAGCUCUCCCUGGCCCAGCUCAUCAGUGUGAAUGAGCGAGAACAGAUCAUGACCACCAAUGUCUGGCUGAAACAGGAAUGGACAGACUACCGCCUGGCCUGGAACAGCUCCCGCUAUGAGGGUGUGAACAUCCUGAGGAUCCCCGCAAAGCGCGUCUGGCUGCCUGACAUCGUGCUUUACAACAAUGCCGACGGUACCUACGAGGUGUCUCUCUAUACCAAUGUGGUGGUCCACUCCACUGGCAGCAUCAUGUGGCUGCCCCCUGCCAUCUACAAGAGUGCCUGCAAGAUCGAGGUGAAGCACUUCCCCUUUGACCAGCAGAACUGCACCCUCAAGUUCCGCUCUUGGACCUACGACCACACAGAGAUCGACAUGGUCCUCAAGUCGCCAACGGCCAGCAUGGAUGACUUCACCCCCAGUGGUGAAUGGGACAUAGUUGCCCUCCCUGGGCGAAGGACAGUGAACCCGCAGGACCCCAGCUACGUGGAUGUGACUUACGACUUCAUCAUCAAGCGCAAGCCGCUCUUCUACACCAUCAACCUCAUCAUCCCCUGCGUGCUCAUCACCUCCCUGGCCAUCCUCGUCUUCUACCUGCCCUCCGACUGUGGCGAGAAGAUGACACUGUGCAUCUCUGUGCUGCUGGCGCUCACCGUCUUCCUGCUGCUCAUCUCCAAGAUCGUGCCGCCCACCUCCCUCGACGUGCCGCUCAUCGGCAAAUACCUCAUGUUCACCAUGGUGCUGGUUACCUUCUCCAUCGUCACCAGCGUCUGUGUGCUCAAUGUGCACCACCGCUCACCCAGCACGCACACCAUGGCGCCCUGGGUCAAGCGCUGCUUCCUACACAAGCUGCCCGCUUUCCUUUUCAUGAAGCGCCCUGACGGCAGCCCCUCCAGGGCCCCCCAGCCCAGCCAGGCUCACCUGACCAAGUCCAAGGCCACCACCACCGCCUCGGCCAUGGGCCCCGCCAGCUCCUCCAACCUCUACAGGAACUCCACGUACUUCGUGAACCCUGCCUCUGCAGCUCCCAAGUCUCCAGCCGGCUCUGACUCAGCGGGUAUCCCCAGGGAUUGCCGGCUGAGGUCUUCUGGGAGGUUCAAGCAGGAUGUGCAGGAGGCUUUAGAGGGUGUCAGCUUCAUUGCCCAGCACAUGAAGAGUGCCGAUCAGGACCAGAGUGUCAUUGAGGACUGGAAGUACGUGGCCAUGGUGGUGGACCGGCUGUUCCUGUGGGUGUUCGUGGUUGUGUGUGUGCUCGGCACUGUGGGGCUCUUCCUACCUCCCCUCUUCCAGACCCACACACCUUCUGAAGGGCCCUAG